UUUGACGUCUCCUUAAUGAUAUUUACCUAGCUGACCUCUGAACAAAAAGUUUAAAUUACAUUGUAGUUCCACAUUACAGUCCUAAUAAAUUUAUGUUCUUCUGAUUUGUAAAAAUAAUUAUAUUAUAUUUUCUAGAAAGUGCCAACGAUAAUAAUUAAUACCGAUAUUUUCGAAUUGCGGUUUACGUGAAGUGCAUAAAUUUAAUCAAUAAAAAGUAUGUUAUUUUCCAAAAUAACGUGCCAUGAUGUUGAAUCUUCUUAAAACGCAAAUUGUUAUGAAACAUUUUUACUUUUCACAGUUUUCUAAAUAUUCAAAAAUGGAUAGAAACAAAAUUUUUAAUUUAUUACUACCAAGCAUACCACCUUUAGAUGGAACACAUCAUAAAGGUCAAGCUGGAAGAAUAGGUAUCGUCGGUGGUUCUCUAGAGUAUACUGGGGCUCCUUACUUUUCUGGCAUGGCUGCAUUGAAAGUAGGUGCAGAUUUGGUGCAUAUUUUCUGUUCAAAUCCAGCAGCUACAGUUAUUAAGUCAUAUAGCCCCGAAUUGAUUGUUCAUCCCUUACUUGAUAAACUUGAUGCUAUCAAAGAGAUAUCACCAUGGCUCGAGAGGCUGCAUGUCAUAGUUAUCGGUCCAGGAUUAGGUCGCGAUCCAAAGAUAUUUAAUGUGGUCUCAGAUCUAAUAAAAUUAAUAAGUGAGAAGCAAAUACCACUGAUUAUUGAUGCAGAUGGAUUGUUUCUAAUAACUGAAAACCCAGAAUUGAUUAGAAAUUUUACUUCACCCAUAAUUUUAACUCCUAAUAAAAUUGAGUUUGAGAGACUUAGCUGUAAAUUGAAUGGCUUAACAGGUUUACAAGAGUUAAACAAAAAUGUGACACUUUUGAGAAAAGGCAUGACUGAUGAAUUUUAUUGCUUUAACCCUGACUUAGAAUGGAAAAACAAAGAAGCAGGAUCUGGCAGAAGAUGUGGAGGUCAAGGUGAUCUUCUUUCAGGAUCUAUAGCAACAUUAUUGCAUUGGACUAUAGCUUCUCGAGAGAAAAUUAAUAUGGAUAUACCAGUUGACAAAAUGUUAUUAGCAACAUCCCUCUCAUGUUUUGCAGCAUCUUCAUUAAUAAGAACAUGCAAUGCAAAGGCUUUUCAAGUAAAAGGUAGGAGCAUGUUAGCAACAGACAUGGUGGAAUAUAUUCAUGAAGCUUUUACAGAACUAUAUGGACAAUAAUACUACAUAUACACAUAUAUCAAUAAUACUAUAAACUGGGAGCUUUUUUUGUAUGUUUUUAUAUUUUUAUUGACUUUAUUUGGGUUCUGUUAUUUGCUAUAUAAAAUCAUUACAUAUUAAAAACUAUUGUUUAUGUUGUUUUAACCACCACAGUAUAGCCAAGUACUACCACCAGCCACAUCAAAGCUAAUAAUUUAAGACUAUAUAAUUAAGUGUUUCCUUAAACCAAAAUGGGUAUGUAAUAGGGUUAUUUAACAAAACAUUUAAGGGUUAUAUUUACAUUUACACCACACACAAAAAUCUAGUUUAUAGUAAUACAUUCUGAAGUUAUUAUAUUAUUACUUAUGGAUUUUAUAUAUACAUGAUAUAUUUAUGUAAAAAAAAAACACAUUGUGUGUUUGUUCUGUGUUAUUGUAUUAUAUGAUGACAGUUCAAUUUCCUCAUGGUAAAUAGCAUCAUCAAUAAAACAGAAUGCCAUAUUAAAGAAAGGUAAAGUGACAUUUGCCUCUGCCAUUUAAGAGUGCAAAAUAUUACAAGAGAUUUUCAAAAAUUGUAUGCAGAAACAAUGGAUGAUAAGGGGUCUUAGUCUUCCCAGUAUUGGGUUUAAAUAUGCUAACCUAAUCUUUGGCUACUUGAAAAUUUUAAUAAGAUACAUUAAUUACAGUUUAAAGUCUAUAGUGGUAUGGUGUCCAAAACCAAUGUUUUCUUUGUUUUUUUAUUGGAGUAAAACACAAUACAUAUUUUUAUUCAUAAUUCUUUGCAAAACUUAUCUUGCCAACAAAAACUUUGGUCUUGCCAUGUCACUUGCUUUGUGUAACAUAUCAAUAUUAAUUUAUUAUUAGUUGUGAUUCAGGCAUUUGGAGAAUAAAUAUUUUUUUUAUUAUUUAUGUUUUUUUUAAUAAAUCAGAUAUUGUGUGUUGUUUUUGAGUAUGAAAUUGAGGUAUGCUUGUAUUAUUACGAGUACUACAUAAAUUGGUUUC